AUGUACGGACUGGCAAAGUGGCUGUUUCAGCGCCUCAAAUUUCUGACAGCUGAUUCGGAGACCACUGUCCGCUCACCAACACAAUUCUUGGAAAAACUUAAACGGGAUCUGGCGGUCGAGGCCGCCAAACUACUCCUACGAAGCAGAUACGAUGAGACGGAGACUCGCCUCGGAUAUGCUCGAAUCCUACAGCUCCUGAAGUUCUGUCUCAAGAUACAGAAAGUCUGGGCGAGGUAUGUGGAUGACGCCUCCAUCGUCAUUGAAAGGGAUCAGGUGCUCACUUUCAAGGAACAUCUCAACAGCAUUUUCCCGGACAUCCAAUUUACGAUGGAGGAGGAAAAGAACAAUCAGCUGGCCUUUCUUGAUGUCCUCGUCUAUCGCAGAGAUUGUGGUGGCCUAAAGACGACAACAACCACCCAAUCAAACACAAACGCAAUUGCGUAA